GACUCAUAUAGCACCUUUCACAGUUAUCUACAAUGCCAGCCCAGAACAGAUCUAAGAAGCAGUCGCCUCCACCAGCCAGGAGAACCAGAGGUGCGGCUAAGGCUCCACAGUCCAGUGACGAAUUUGAGACCGCCUCUGAUGGUGAGGGUCACGGGGAUGUCUUUAGUGCCGAAGAAGCUGAAGCGGUUGUUGGAGAAAUCGAGGAGAGUAUUGAAAUACUCGAAGAUAACCAAGAAAUGUCGGAGGGCUCUGAAUCUGACAGUGACGAUGCUCCAGAGGAAGAGUCCAUGAACAGUGGUAGGAACAAGACCAAGCAGUUGGAAAUCCAAAAACAGCAGAUGCAAGCAGAAGCCAAGAAGGCCGACAGAGAGAAGAGAAGAGAGCAAAAUGUUAAAUUCACACAGCAACAAGAGGAAAAGAAAACCCGGUUGGCGGAGAAGAAGAAGGAUUCCGACGUCCCUGACUUGUUACCGGAAGAUUUUUUGGAGUCGUUGCAAAACGGCGGGGACGAAAGCGACAACAAGGACGAUGCUCCUGCUUCCAAGCACAUGAAAAUGGAAGAUUUCGAAGAGAUGGAGAGAGACGAGAUCAGAAAACAGAUUAAACAGCAACAAGCCAAAGCUCUUCGCGAGGCCAAGAAGGCCACCAUUAAGAAGGGUCCGGUCAGAGUCACAGCGCUUUCAGCCAAGAAGAUCGGAUUAGUCCCGGUCUCUGAAAACAGAGUCACCAAUGCUCGUAACAAGUGGAUGAAGAGAAAGAGUUUGGGGAAGCGCUAAGAGGUUAGAUUGGGUAUUGUAUAAUAGUUGAUGGCAGCAUUAAUAAAGAAAGUUAAAAUAUAAUGAAGGGCAUAAAACGUGCCACAGAGAGGUUUUUUUCCAAGACCAGAAACUCACAGGUUUACGAAGCUACCAACAUUAUUAAUAAUUCUGUGACACGAAAUCCGUC